AUGUCUGGGGUCCUUUGUGACAGAAAAGUACCACCAAGAGUGAAAGGGAAGAUACGCCGAACGGUGGUGCAACCAGCAAUGAUGUAUGGUAUGGAAACAGUUUCACUGAGCAUCCGUGAUACAAAGAGACUAGAAGUGGCAGAAAUGAAAAUGUGCAGAUGGGCCCUUGGGCAUACCUUGAAAGAUCAUGUGAGAAAUGAAUACAUAAAAGAACGAAUGGGAAUUGUUGGUAUUGGGGUAAGGUGCAAGGAAAGUCGCCUGAGGUGGUUUGGCCGUGUCAAGAGGAGAGAUGAGGUCUAUGUGGGCAGGAGGGGAGAUGGGUAUGAGGCUGCCAGGAAGGAGAAAGCGUGGUAG